UUUCCCACAUGCCUCACCCAGAAAGAACUCCUUGAGAACCAGCAGCUGGUUGACGUAGACUUUCUCAGAUAUAUAAGGCGCAGAUGUCCCAUAGGUCAGGAGGAAGCAAAAUGCUAAAGCUCUGUGUUCUGUUCGCAGCCGUAGCCCUGUCGAGGGGGGGCUCUCCCAACAUCACCCUCUACAGCGGCACGCAGCAGACUGGGGCGUCUCUGUUCCUGACGACUUACAACCACGACCUCAGGGAAUUCAACUUCAACGAUGCAGCAGAAUCCCUUUGUGGCCACGGGGCAUGGUUGCUGUAUGAAAAUCCUUCAUAUGAACAAAGUGAAUUUACACAUCUGUUUGUGUCCCCCGGCCUGGAGUGCGAGGAUCUAACAAGCAGUCAGCGUAAUAAGGUGACUUCCCUACGGUACAUAGGCGUCGGGGACCUGCACAUCGAGUCGCUCACGCUGUACCACGAUUACGAGGGCGGCGGCGGCGAACUCCUGCUGGUGCGGGACGAGGACUUCACGAAUGACUUCAAUGACAUCACCUCCAGCCUCGCCGUCGUUGGACCCUCGUCUUGGACUCUUUAUGAAGACCCUUACUUCACGGGCGGGUCGGCGUGCGUCGUGCCGUCUCUCAUCGAAGGCUCUGACGUCUACUUCGGUUAUUUCUCCGUCGACGAAGUGGGUUUCCCUGACAACAAGCUGUCCGCCGUCAGGAAGGGUUGUCACAGCACCAACGUCAAGGUCUAUCAUCCCUAGACCGCAGCCUCAAGGACCAGAAGGGAUCGGGUUACAAGGGCACCGGAUAGCGCUAACUUGCAACAUUUGAUUCUUACAAACAAAGUCUCUCUCUGAAACAAAGGCAUGAUUAGGGUCAAAGAAAUAAAAAUAAAAUAAAAUGAUAUAUAUUC